AUGACAUCAUCCACGUGGCUCAAAACUGGCAUAAAUAGUUCGUUUGCUAUUGGCAAUGUCAAAGGUCAUCGUUUUGUAAUACUUCUCUUCCACUUAAAUCUCCAAAGCUUGAAAUUUCUAUCUCGCAGUUACAACUCUGUAUGCAAGAUGGCUGGUCAGAGAAACUACGGGAAGCGAUCGAAUUCUCAGUCUGACUUUGGUGAUAAUAGAGGAAACAAAAGAAGAAAUUCUGGAACUGAUAAAGACCUUUUCUCUAUUGGGCCAGAUGACACUGUGUACCGCUACUUGUGUCCUGGGAAGAAGAUUGGAAGUAUUAUAGGAAGGGGAGGGGAAAUUGUUAAGCAACUAAGAGUGGAUACUAAAUCAAAGAUUAGAAUUGGCGAGUCAGUGCCUGGAUGCGAAGAUCGUGUUGUCACUAUAUAUAGUACUAGCGAGGAAACAAAUGAUUUUGAUGGUAGUGAUGAUCGUGUUUGUCCUGCUCAAGAUGCACUUUUCAAAGUUCAUGAUAGAAUUGUUGCUGAGGACGUUUCAGUUGACGAGGACUCUGAAGAAGCUCCACAAGUUACUGCUCGGCUUCUAGUACCAUCUGAUCAGAUUGGAUGCAUCAUUGGGAAAGGCGGGCAGAUAGUUCAGAAUAUUCGUAGCGAAACUGGAGCUCAGGUUCGCAUUCUUAAGGAUGGCCAUUUGCCUGCAUGUGCGUUGAACUCUGAUGAACUUGUGCAGAUAUCUGGUGAAGCCUCUGUAGUUAAGAAAGCUCUUUAUCAGAUUGCAUCUAGGCUUCAUGAGAAUCCUUCUCGAUCUCAGCAUUUGCUGGCAUCUUCUGUUCCCAGUGUCUAUCCUUCUGGUGGUUCACUUAUAGGGCCCCCUGCUGGUACCUCCAUUAUGGGAUUGACUCCACUGGUCGGGCCUUAUGGGGGAUAUAAAGGAGAGAGUGCAGACUGGUCACGUUCUCUCUACACGGCUCCAAGAAAUGAAGCAUCUUCAAAGGAAUUCUCACUCCGUUUGGCUUGUCCGACUUCUAACAUUGGCGGUGUUAUUGGCAAAGGUGGUGUGAUAAUAAAUCAAAUCAGACAAGAAUCUAGGGCAGCUAUCAAAGUUGAUAGUUCUGCUGCAGAGGGAGAUGAUUGUGUAAUAUCUAUUUCAGCGAAAGAGUUUUUUGAAGACACCUUCUCUCCAACGAUCGAAGCAGCACUGCGCUUGCAGCCCAGAUGCAGUGAAAAAAUUGAAAGAGAUUCAGGUCUUAUUUCUUUCACUACACGGUUACUUGUCCCAACCUCUCGGAUUGGUUGCCUUAUCGGCAAAGGAGGUUCCAUUAUUUCGGAAAUGAGGAAAAUCACUAAAGCUAAUAUUCGCAUACUGUCGAAGGAAAACCUUCCUAAGGUGGCCGCUGAAGAUGAUGAGAUGGUGCAGAUUUCUGGAGAGCUUGACAUUGCCAAGGAUGCUCUUGUACAAGUAACUUCACGCUUGAGGGCAAAUCUUUUUGAGAAGGAGGGUGCUAUGUCCACCUUUGUACCUGUACUUCCAUACCUUCCAAUGUCAGCAGAUGGUCCAGAGAGUUUAAACUAUGAAAGCAGAGAUGCUAAGAACCGUGGCCGUGGAUAUUCCUAUUCUGAUGGAUAUGGUGGCUCUCCUGAAUUGCCACGUGUUGAUGCUUAUGGGACUUAUAGUGGUCUUCAUAGUGGUGGUGGUAGCUCUGCUUAUGGAGUAUAUGGAGGUCAUUCCUCUGGUCGUUCUGGUGGUUCUGGGUUAUCUGGACAGUUUGAUAAUAAGAUUGCAGCUGAGAUAUCUGAAGCCUGA